ACAAUUUCAUUGGUGUGGAUUUUUAAAUCACCGUUCACAGAAGAACAAGUAAUUAAAUAAAUUCAUUAUUAAAAUAAUAACAUUAUCAGAGAAUCCAAGAAGAAAAAGUGUAAAAAAAAAAAAAAGUUUUUGGGAUGUGUGAAAAUGUAUUUAUGCCGUCUGAUUAACAUUUAUUUUGAUAAGAAAAGAAUAAUGCGUAGUGAACGGUAUUCCCGACUGACUUACGUACGCCUGUGCGCAAUCCACCCAUAGUUCAGCGCGUGUGGUACGUAGCCAUCUUGUGUACAGCAGAGGAAGAGGAGCCGUUAGCUCGUGAUUUGUACUGACACCAGACAGACUGACAAACCCUCAUUCUACUCUCAACAGACUGUUUUACCGCCAGAAACAGAUAGUAAACGUGUGUUAUCAUGUGUCAAGAUGUAUAUCCAAUGUGUUUCAUGGAGGACAUGUGCUUUUAAAGACGGGAGAGUGUUGAAAACUGAAGGCGCCUCAGAGUCGAGUGAGUCCAGCGACUGGAGAGUUUCAUUCGCGAGAGCGGCCUGAGGGAAACUCUCACAACCGGACAUGGCCUUCAUUUAGGCCACGGAUAAUAAGGAUACGGGUUUGGAAAAAUUAAACACAGCUGGAAUAAAGCUGUCAUUGUGUUUGGAGCUUCAUGAGUUUCAACUGAAAGGAUUAAAAGUACUAAAAAUGCCGCGAUGAGGACGUACGCGCACUGACGGAGCUCGGAGGGAAGCUUGAGUUAGCUUGACGCUAACUGAACAUUAUAUGAUAUAUUUUCAUAUAAAUCGUGUUACUUCGUUUAAGUUGAACGUGUACGCUUCAAUCUGACGUGUCGAAAUCAGAGCGACACAUUUAAAGCGAUCAAAAUGUCUAAAAUGCCGUCGAAAAAGAAGAGCUGCUUCCAGAUCACGAGCGUAACGCAGGCGCAGGUGGCGGCAAACAGCAUCACGGACGACACAGAGAGUUUGGACGACCCGGACGAGUCAAGAACUGAGGACAUGUCUUCCUCUGAGAUAUAUGACAUGUCCAAAGGUGGGGAUUUCGAGCCGGAAGCGUGUGACGUCAGUUUGUCGGACGAACCCCUACAUAACGAAGCUGAAACAGCUGGCGCGAGCGCCCAAGAUGUUCCCAUAACGACGGUACCUGGUUCUCGUAAUACAAGUGCUGUUCACAUAAACCCAAAUGUUCGUGCAGUCAGUGGGGCAGCUGGCCAAAUGAGCCCUGCCUCCGUAUCUUCCCAGACUUCACCUUUAGUUGCAUCUAACACACCAUCCAGCACGUCACAGGCAUCAUCAGUUAGCAGUUCUGCCACAGUAAGUAGUUGCAGUUCCCGAUUCAGGGUCAUCAAAUUAGAUCAUGGUACAGGUGAACCCUUUAAAAGAGGUAGGUGGACUUGCACUGAGUUUUAUGAACGAGAUACGGAUGCUUCCUCGUCUGGUCGGACUGCAGAUAAUAUUAAACAUGCUGGCACCACAGACCACAGCGCGGACAGGGAUGGACUAGGAGUCACAGGAGGUUCGGUGGCUGCACAUAUUUCGCUUUCAACACUUGCAGCAGAACCACAUACUGAUAGUGGUUAUGUAUCUGCACCAUCAAACCCUCCUGUGGACCUUCAAAAGCAAACUUUUGGCAUUUUGCAGCAGGGAUUAGGGCUUGUAGCCCAGAACCUUUUCGGUGAUGCCCAUGCUCAACAUGUCAAAUCUCCCAGCAUGCCUUCUACAGCUCAGCCACAGCCAUUUUACCCAGGUAAACAGGCACAGAAACCUGGCCAGAUACUUCAGGCUGUUGUUCCAUCUAAUCAGGCUGACUAUAGAUUGCAGAAUCAAACUCCUGGCUCUCUAGCCCAGACUGUCUCAAUGACUUCUCUUCCGCUUAUGACCCCACUGAACCAGGGCCCGUCACCUGUCAUGACUCCAGCAGCAGGAAGCACUCAUGUGCUUGGAUUAGUUCCUCAGCCUGUGGAUGGCAGAGGGCUUCCCAUCAGCCAGCCGGAGCAUGUUCAGGGGCUUUUACAGCAGUCCAGCAUCAACGCCGCUCUAGGGACUGUGUCAGCCACAGCUGUUGCUUCACAGGCACCAGUGCCGCUCAUUCAGCCAGCAGUAACUGUGUCUGUCAGCCCCCAUGCUGUGGUCCCUGGUGUGCAAAAUGUGCCUGUUGUUAUGUCCAGUGCCUCUAAUACCCCCCAGAGCAUGCCAAAACAGACUCCGGUCCCUGUUGUACCGCCCCAACAGAACCAGCCUCAGGUAGUCCACAGCGGUUCAGUAGUAGGACUGGGUGCACAGACUACCCCCACUAUCUUUAGCCAGCUUCCCACUGGCAUUGCCCAGGCCGAUGAGAACCAGAGGAAGUCUGAUAUGCUGCUUCAGAGUUCUGUUCUCAUAGGAAAAGAUGCCAUCAAACCCCUGAAUCCUGAGGGCUUGCAGCUUCCCACACCUGCUGUCAACAGCCUGUUUGGAAUAGCUAUUCCUAUUGAUGGGGAUGAGGACAGGAACCCCUCUACAGCUUUCUAUCAAGCCUUUCCAAAUGGCAGGUCAAAGGCCAUCAGUGAUGGGUAUGAUCACUGUGUGUGUAUUAUAUUGCACUCUUGACAGCUGUGAGUGUGCAUGGAGUGAGCAUGGCAUUUCUGGAAGUGGUUUCAGGCUCAAGUGUCUAAGGGCCGUGACACACCAAGCCAACGGUCAGCCGCUGGUGAACGUCUGUUGGGCUAGUUUUUGCGACGUGUUCCACACUUCAGCUCUAGUCAGGCUCAUAUCAGCGGCAGUGGUGGAAAGAGUACUAAAAAAUUGUACUUAAGUAAACGUAUUGCUAUUUAAGAAAUCAUGUACUUGUCAAUGUAAAUCAUGUACUAAAAAUAUGACUCACAUAAGAGUAAAUAAGUAGUUUGCUUGCUGAAAAAAUACUCAAGUUACUACGUUACAAAGUACUUUAGUAUUAUUUUUCUAUUUUUACACAAAAUGAGCGCUAAACACUCUGAUGUAAUUUUUCAGUUUCAUUCAUACUGGAAGCCAGAGGGCCAAAUUCUAAAAGGGAGAAAAUGGCUGUCUUUCAUCCUUCACAUUCAAACACAAACUGAAUAGGCAGAUUUGAAGGGUUUUAUUUCCUCAAAAAAGAUUUAGAUGUAUAUUGUCAAAUUAUAAACUCCUAAAAUAACAUUACAACUGUUCACUUUUUAUUAAGUUUUUAAAUAGAAUUUUUUUUUUUUUUUUUUUUUACAAUAGUUCAGACCCUCUCUCAUGGUUCCCCUCUGGUUGACAGUCAACUAUUGUCUUGCGGUGUGUUCAAGCACAGCUUUUUGUCCCAGAUGCUUGGUGUAUCAUGGCCUUAACAUCUGUAACAUGUAGCUCCCUUGAAUAUGGACCCUUUUAUGCAGUUAUUAACAUUGUAAGUAUAGCUAAAUUUUCAUAUUUUAAUUUAAAAAAAAUGUAAUGUACGUCUAUAAUAACACUAUACUGUUACAAUACCUUGGCAUUAAAUUAAAAAAAAGUAGUUAACACUGCUUGUGGGUGUUUCUAAUCAAAAUGGCUGCGAAAGACCUGGUAAAUUUGACAUCUUUCUCUCUUCUAACCAAAGCAAUCAGUCUCUAUUUCUUUUUUAUUAUCUUUUGUAAAGUCAUGGAAUCACUAUCAUGUAUUUUUUCUUUUUCUAUUGGACAAAAUGGGAAUGCAAAAAUAGUAUUUGCUGUAGUCUCCUAUUCACCACUAUAGAAGUUUACCCAACUAUGACUAUUUCCGCUUCUGAGAACCCUGGAAAAAGAGCUGCACGAUUAAUCGUAAAAAGAUUUCGAUUCAAGCACCCACGCGAUCCUACUUUAUUUAUUAACGACAACGAUUCUCCCGUGUCUAUUAAACAUUUGACAAAAUCAUACCGGAACGUUCAAAUCUGUGUUCGUGCUGCCAGAGCCAGAGAGAGCCGUUUUGAAUCACACAUUAGUUAUUUCUAUGUUACAAAUAUUCACAUUAUCACAGAAGUACUGAGAUAUAAGUUUUAAGUUAGUAUUUAAACACCGAUGUCUACAAUAGCGAUCAAAAUAAAGCAAACUACCUUUUGAAACGAUCUUGGCACGUCAAAUAACUGUUGUCAAUUACAUCUAAUUCCACUAGGUGGCGACAACUGACUGUUAAAAAAUUUAUUUGUCAUUGAAUCGUUCAUUCAAAAGAUUCGUUACUCUUAUUUUCGAUUCAACUCUUAUUUUCCAGCAAUAAGAGUCAGCAAUUUAUAUUUUGUAAGAACCUCUAGUAAAUUAUAUGCUAUUUUGUUUGGUUGUAUAUUCAGAAUCGUGGGAGAAUCAUGAUCUCUAUUUGAAACCAAAAAAUCGUGAUUCUCAUUUUAUCCAGAAUUGUGCAGCUCUACCUGGAAAUGUGAAAAGGGUCCAUUGUUGACACGUUUUGCUUAGGCAUAUUUAAGAGCACUUAUACACAUGAGAAAGUGCUGAUCAAGAAGAAGAAGAACGUGGUGGUGUCGUGCGUUCUACAGGCUCGCACAACAGCGCUUCAGACUGCUUCAGAGCAGUGCGCAAUCAAUGAAUAGCUCACAUUUAUGCCAAGCUGUUUCUUGUGAACUAAUGCUUAUCAAUUAUAACAAUGUUUACUUUACUUAUAUUAUAAUAUGUUGUAAACGGUUGUUAGAAUGCAUAUUUUAUCUUGCUUAUCUGA